UAAAAAGAAAAUGAUUGGAAAAUUUAUUCUGUUGUUGAGCCUUCUGUUGAUAUCAACCACUGGCCAUGUAUGCUACAAACAUGAGGGAGCUGAUUGGGAAACUGGAGCCUGCGCAUCAGGUUCUCGUCAGAGCCCCAUCAAUAUUAUUACGGCUAACGUCAGAGAAGCAGAAGAUGUUGAACUAUUCAUUUCAGGUACUGACAUUACCACCGGUUCCAUACUCUAUCAUGAUCAUGAACUUAAAGUAACUUACUCUGGAGCCACUGCCAAGUACACUUCUGAAGAUGAAGAUAGUGAAUGGGCACUAGCCCAGUUCCAUUAUCAUGCUCCAGCAGAACACAGAAUAGAUGGCAAGACUCAUGACUUGGAAAUGCAUAGUGUUUUUGUAUCAAAGACUAAUCCAGGUCAGCUACUCGUUGUAGGAGUGAUCUACGAGCUUGAGCAAGGAUACGAGGAUGAUGAGUUCAUUGCCUCUCUUGCUUUGGAAAACCUCGUUUCAAACCCUACCACUGGCCACAUUGAGAAUGUACCAAUGGAGAACUUCUAUAACAAGUUUAGCAACACAAAAAUGUACAACUACAAAGGAUCUCUGACCACACCUCCAUGCACUGAGAGCGUGGAGUGGUUUGUAGUUAAAGAAAUUCAAAAAAUCAACCCAUCUCAGCUUGGAAGAUUCACGAGCAAGUGGGCAGGACUUAGUACCUUUGCUGAAGGCAAGGGAUCCAACAGAGUAGCCAUGGAUCUUAACAGGAGAAAAGUCUUCGUGACUGGAGGUGAAGAAUUCAUGGGCAGUUUCAGCUUCUCAAUCCUGUUUAUCGUGUUCUUGGUUAUCUCAGUAAUGCAGAUCGGUCUUGCAGGAGUAUUUACUCUUAAGCUAAAGAGUCCAAAGAAUGCUACAUCCCAGAAAUUUGCAAAGAUUCCUGAGAAAGACAAAAUUGAAGGAACAGAAAGACUUAAUGCGGACUACAAUUACCCUGGAGUCUCUAAACCUCCCCAUAAAUACUUUCAGAGAAGUAUAAGUAAAGAAAUCUAAUCU